CGUUGUAUGGCACGUGCUAGAAGUGAGUCACGGGUAGACGCCGUGCACCGUCGGUCGACGGAAACGAAUAACAUAAACACGAAAAAUUAUUCCCGGUAAAAAAAAAAAAAAUAAAAAAACUAUUAAUCAUAAUAUAGCUAGAAAAAUUCUGUUCGCCCGCUAUUUCCACCGCGACUCGUAACCAACGGCUGCCCGUGAUCAUGAUCGUUUUUCGCGCAAAGAAAAAACUGUAAACGACUAUACAGUUGGCCGCAGACAAGAUGAUCAUUCUGAAGCCGGCGUGGAUAUCUCACAAUGGCAUGCCGAUAUUUUCGAUCGAUAUCCAUCCGGACGGUACUCGGCUGGCCACCGGUGGCCAGGGCCGGGACUCCGGGUUGGUCAUGGUAUGGAACACGGCCGCUAUGCUCGACGAGAAUAGUGAAAACGACGAGAACGUACCGAAAAUCCUGUGUCAAGUGGAUAGCCAUUUGGCGUGCGUCAAUUGCGUCCGAUGGAGCAACUCUGGCAAGUAUUUGGCGUCUGGUGGCGAUGACAAAAUCAUCAUGAUAUGGUCAUUGAGCAAAUAUCCCAAUAGUGGAAACAUUGUUUUCGGCACCAAGAACAUUGUGAACAUUGAAACGUGGAAAUGUAUGUUUACCUUGCGUUCACAUUCUGGUGAUAUACUUGAUUUAGCUUGGUCUCCUCGUGACUCAUAUUUAGCAUCAUGUUCUGUGGACAAUACAAUAAUCAUAUGGAAUGCUCAAAAAUUUCCAACUGUACAUAAAGUUUUGUCCGGCCACACUGGUCUAGUAAAAGGAGUUUCUUGGGAUCCAGUUGGAAAAUAUCUUUCUUCGCAGUCUGAUGAUAAAUCUUUAAGAAUAUGGAGAACAUCUGAUUGGCAAACAGAUACUAUUGUCACAACGCCUUUCAAGGACUGUGGUGGUAAUACGGCUGUACUACGACAUAGUUGGUCUCCAGAUGGUCAGUAUUUAGUAUCUGCUCAUGCCAUGAACAACACUGGUCCUGUUGCUAAAGUAAUUGAAAGAGAUGGUUGGACCUAUGAAAAAGAUUAUGUUGGGCAUAGAAAAGCCAUAAAUUGUGUAAGAUUUAGUAGUUCAAUGAUAGAACGUAAAAUCAGUAAAAAGACUCAUUAUAUGAGCUUAUGUGCUGUAGGUUCAAGGGAUUCUAACGUAUCGGUUUGGAUAACAGCUUUAAAAAGACCUGUUGUUGUUCUUGAAAACUUGUUUCAAGGUCCUGUACUGGAUUUAUCUUGGUCAAAAAAUGGAUUAAACUUGUACGCAUGUUCAUUUGAUGGAUCUAUAGCAAUUUUAAUAUUUGAUGAAAAAGAUAUUGGAAAAGCACUUUCUGAUCAAGAAAAAAGUACUAUUUUUAAAAAACUGUAUGGUAUAUCUCAUUUAGAACGUCAAAACACUUUGCUCAUUGAAAACCCAGCAAUACUAAAAAUGAAUGGUGCGCAACCAUUUAAAAUUCAAAAGGUUGAGAAUCAAAAAGAUGUCAAACAACCAUCUAAAAAUUUAACUAAACCUGUUCCUCCAAUUUUGAAAAAACAAAUUGAAACUCGUACAUCUGAUGGACGUAGACGUAUUACACCCAUUUUUAUACCACCAACACCUGACAAUGCAGAGGAAAUGAAUGUUUUACCAUUCUCAUCAUCAUGUGAAAGUAAAAGUCAGGUAGUUGUUGAACGAGUAAACAAUAUUAUUGAACCUAACAUAAGCAAUAGUUGCAGCAAUUUUAGUCAAGAAUCUCAAAACCCAACGAUAAUUGAUUCAACAAUACCAAGGAGUACUCCUUCAUCUGUUUUUCAAACAUCUCCUAAUAAAGUAGAAUCUAAAAAAAGACCAGAACCUGUUUCAUUAAUAUCAAAUUUGUUUUCUACUAAAAAAAUUAAAUUCAGUAAUGUAGAAGAUGAUGAACUUUCAACAGAUGUUAAACAUAAUUUUUCACAAAGCACGCCUCAAAAACGAAAAUUUACCAUAUCAAAUCAGUACACAGAUAGAGUUGUAGUAGAAAAUGAUACAUUUAGUACAAUAAAUGGGCCUAUUUCUAAAAUUAAAGUGUAUUCCAACAACGUAGUUGCUUGGGAGAAAGUUUUUAGCUCUAGUGUAAUAAAAUAUUGUUCUAACAAAAGUUUAUCGUUAAUAAUUGUAGCAUUAAGUAAUUGUACUAUACAUGUGAUAGGGUCCAAAAAUGGUUCACUUAUAUGUCCACCAUAUGUACUAUCAGCACCAGUAACGUCUAUUAGUUCCAAUAAUAACUACUUACUAUGUAUGACACAACAUUCUCUUUCUGUGUGGGACAUUGAUAAACAAGAAUGUAUUUUACAUGAAGAAAAACUCAAUACUUUAAUUUGUUCUAAUAAAAAUAAGCCAAUCAAUGUGCAAAAGUGUAUGUUGACUGAAAACGGAACAUCAAUAAUUACAUUAACAACUGGCAAAUCAUAUAUGUUUUCUAUGAGAGCAAAAUGUUGGAUGAUGAUUGGUGAUAGUGGAGAUGCAAUUUAUUCAAACUCGUCACAAAAAAAUAAACACAUCGGUUUGAAUAAAACUAGUGAAAAGUAUCCAUUAAGUGUCAUGCAAGCAUAUUCUUCCAAAUAUAAAUCAAACUUAGAUUUUAAAGACACUGGUGGAAUAAGUGAAUUGUGUUCAAAAUCGUUUCUGGAACAACAAAUGUCAGCAGCUUUAGCUUUAGAAUCUGAUAAAGAAUAUAAAUAUUGGCUAAUGGCCUAUGUUUCUUUUUUAACUGAAAGGGAAGAUAGUGAACAAUUAAGAUAUUUAUGUCAAGAUUUAUUGGGAGUUUCACAUGGCUAUUCGAAUCAUAAAAAAGUUGAAACUAUAAUAGGUAUGUCGAAACAUGAACUCUUAAAGGAAGUAUUAGUAAUUGUUGCCGGUUCAAGAAGCACUCAAAGAUUAUUUACAGAGUUUCACGACCAAUUGCAGCAAAUUUCUCAUUAGUAACGACUGAUUUAAGAUAAUAUAAUAAAUUAUAAAUUAUUUAUGUAAAUAAAAUAUCAAUUAAUUUUAAUUGAAAAGUGU